AUGUCAGGGUUGAAGCUGAAUCCUGCUAUUGCCAAGGAGACCAGCAAUGGACAGGUUCAAUGUUUAGUUUGUAACACACAGGUGAAACCUAAAGUAUGGUUAGCCCAUUUGAAUGGCCGAAAGCACAAAGAAUGCGUAGAAAACUUGAAGAAAAGUCUGAAUGCUCCAAAAAGAACUGGAAAGCGGCCAGAAGAGGAAGCACCUCCUUCGAAGCGAUUACGAGAAGAAGAAGAUUUUGCUGCUGCCAACAGCAGUUCCGUAAUUCCAUCAGAUUUCUUUGAUGACGAAAGAUUAAACAUUCAAACCCCUUGGCAGAAAGCUCAACAAGAAGAGCGUGAUGUUGGGAAGGAUUUGAAAGGAGUGAUUGAAGGUGUUCCACAAGGUUUCUUUGAUGAUAAGCGGAAAGAUAACAUGGUUAGGGAUACAUUGGAAAAGAAUGCUCAGAUGGAUGAAGAGUAUGAUAAGUUAAUGAGAGAAGUAAAUGAGCAGGCUACAGAAGAGGAAAUGAAGGCUGAUGAAGAAGAAGAGAGGGAGUACAUAAUGCGAGACAUCGAGAACAUGGAUCAGCAAAUGAAUGAACUCAAAAGGCUAAACGAUAUGGAAAUCCGCAAAGAAGAGAUUUUGAAACAGCGGAAAGAGAAGAAGAAGAGGCUUGAACCCGACAGUGACGAAGACGACAUAGGUGACUUUGAUUUUGACGAUUGGAGGGCUAAGAAAAUCUUGUAA